GCGGCGAGAUAUGCACGGCGUUGGUUCACGAGCUCGCCUAAUAAAAGCGCAGUUUAAAAUCAUAGUCAAGUGCGUACUCGACGCCAGUACUUUCCGGUACCCCUUACACCACGUUAUCAAGGAACGUGACGGAUAUACCGGCGAUGAUUGAAAACGGUGACCGCGGCUGUCUAGGCGACGCGAAAAUCUCAACUUUUGGAUAAAUACGUUUGGAGAUUUUUUUUAUUACUCGGGAUACCCGCGAGUGAGACGGCAGUCUUGAUUCGGUCCCGAUUAAAGUGGUCGUUUCGGUGCGUUUUUCAAGUUUAAGAUGGCGUACACCAACCGGGGUUUCGACGACUUGGAAUUGAGAAACGGCAAAGAAGACGAUCAACGCAAACGACCGGAGAAGUUGUCUUAUUAUUUCGAGGAACACGAAGACAAGGACACCUACUUCGCUCAGAAUAAGAUACACGUGCCAGAGGAGGACACGGGUUUCAGCUUCAGAAAGCUAUGGGCGUUCACCGGACCAGGAUUCCUGAUGUCCAUCGCGUACCUAGACCCCGGAAACAUAGAGAGCGACCUCCAAUCGGGAGCCAUAGGCCGGUACCGGCUUUUGUGGGUGCUGUUCGGUUCCACCAUAUUGGGGUUCGUGAUGCAAAGCCUGGCGACCAAACUGGGUGUAGUUACUGGUCUCCAUUUGGCCGAAAUAUGCAACAGGCAAUACAAGAAGGUGCCACGGCUGAUCCUCUGGAUCAUGGUCGAGAUCGCGGUCAUCGGAUCAGAUAUGCAGGAGGUGAUCGGCACCUCGAUAGCUAUCUAUAUGUUAUCAAACAAAGUAAUUCCCCUAUGGGGCGGCUGUCUGAUAACGAUCGUCGACACGUUCACGUUCCUUUUUCUCGACAAAUACGGGCUGCGAAAGCUCGAACUGUUCUUCGCCUUCCUGAUCGCCACCAUGGGAGUGACGUUCGGCUACGAGUACGUUAUAUCGGGACCCGACCCCCUGGAAGUAACCAAAGGGACGCUGAUACCAUGGUGCUCCAAUUGCGACAUGACCGUCUUCCUGCAAGCCGUGGGCGUAGUGGGAGCGGUUAUCAUGCCGCAUAACUUGUACCUACAUUCGGCGCUGGUUAAAUCCAGAGACAUCGACAGGAAGAAGCCCAAGAAGCUGACGGAGGCGAGGAUGUACUACUCGAUCGAGAGCGCGUGCGCGUUGCUGUGCAGUCUCGUCAUCAAUAUCUUCGUGGUGGCCGUUUUCGCUUACGGGUUGUUCGAGAAGACCAACAGUCAGCUGUUGGACACUUGCAAAAACUCCAACAGCUCUCACCUAUACGACAACGCAGUGGACGUGUUUCCCAACGACGACGAGACCGUCGACGCGGACAUCUACAAGGGCGGCGUUUUCCUCGGCUGCACUUACGGCAUCCUCGCGAUGUACAUCUGGGCCGUAGGGAUCUUGGCCGCCGGUCAGAGCUCCACCAUGACCGGCACCUACGCCGGCCAGUUCAUCAUGGAGGGUUUCCUCAACCUUAAAUGGCCGAAAUGGAAACGGGUGCUGUUCACGAGGAGCAUCGCCAUGGUGCCCACCUUCUUCACCGCGUUCUACAGCUCCCUGUCGGACCUCACGCGUCUCAACGACUUCCUCAACGCCGUGAUGAGUCUCCAACUGCCUUUCGCGCUGAUACCCACGAUCGCGUUCACCAGCAACCCCAAACUGAUGGGCGAGUUCGUAAAUGGAGUGGCUUACAAGAUCACUUCGCUGAUACUCAGCAUCAUCAUCAUCGCCAUCAACAUCUUCUUCGUCGUCAGCAAGAUAGAAGAGUGGGACUUGCACGUAGGUCUGAUAGUCUUGAUAUACGUCUUCUCCGUGGCGUACCUCUUGCUCAUCGUCUACAUCGGGUUGCACAUGUACGUGUCCUUCGGCGGCAAGAGCAUAGAGGACCACCCCCUAGUGCGGAAGUAUUUAAUAGUUCCUUUGCCGGAGAAGCAAAUGCCGGGCGCGUGAUUUAGGUUUAGGUUCUAGGUUGUACAUAUAGAUAUUUAUUUAAUAAAUUUUUCGAAUAAGUUGUUAUUU